UGGGCUCAGACCCUCCCACCGCCUGCUGCUUUUCUUACACCGUGAGGAAGCUUCCUCGCAACUUUGUGGUAGAUUACUACGAGACCAGCAGCCUCUGCUCCCAGCCAGCUGUGGUAUUCCAAACCAAAAGAGGGAAGCAAGUCUGCGCUGACCCCAGUGAGACCUGGGUCCAGGAGUACGUGUAUGACCUGGAAUUGAACUGAGCUGCUCAGAGACAGGAAGUCUUCAGGGAAGGUCACCUGAACCUGGAUGUUUCUCCAUGAGAGGCAUCUCCUCCAUACUCAGGACUCCUCUCCGCAGUUCCUGUCCCUUCUCUUAAUUUAAUCUUUUUUAUGUGUCGUGUUAUUGUAUUAGGUGUUAUUUCCAUUAUUUAUAUUUGUUUAGCCAAAGUGUCUCCUAUGGAGAUGGUCCACCGUCACUGUUUCUCUGCUGCUGCAAAUACAUGGAUAACACCGUUAAUUCCAUGUGUUUUCAUAAUAAAACUUUAAAAUAAAAUGCAGACAGUU